ACGGUUCAUCGGAAGUGCGGUUAGAAUCGCAUUUUUUUUUUGAACGCACAUAUCGCCACCUAUGGUUGAUUCGAUAAGGUCUUCUCUAGUUACGGUGAAAAAGAUUGGAUCUUGCAUACGUUUUGCGUGAAUGCGGAAAAAGAGGAAAAGCUUAUGCAUAGUUUACUUUUAAUUAAUCGGCCUUCUUUAGAAUUUUGUGUGCCAUAUAAAGAUCUUUCGUCAAAAGGAAAACUGCGAGUUUUUGUUUAGAUCUUGGCUAUAUUUGUAGCAGAUGCGUUUCGAGGACUGACAUGGCGGCGAUUCGAUGAACCAAUUGGAGCAGCGCUCUCUUAGAGAAGGCCGUGUUGUAAAUUCCCCUUAUAUUCCGCGUCAGCGAGCUAUUCCGUACUUCGUUUUGUCGUUAUUGCUGGUAAAUCAUUUUUAUCAAGAAGAAGAAGUGAUAGUUGUCGAUCGGUAGUAUCGAGGGGUGGCUUCAAGAGAUUUCAACGGGACGUUAAUAAUGAGAAAAUUGUGUUUGGUCACGUGACCGUAGCCGAAAAAUGGCGCAAAGAUCAGAGUACAAACAUGGGUUCCAUUUCGUUGCUGCGGUGUCAUUUGUAUUUGUUUACAAGCGCGCUUUUUCACAAAACACGUGUUAAGUAAGUGCCAUUUUUUUGGCAGUGGGUGACAGACAAUGACGGGAAGAGGUUCCAAAAGACGGGGCCGGCCACCGAAGUCGGUGGUCAUGGAAAGGCCCAAAAAGUUUCAAUAUCACCUUAUGAAGAAACCAAAAUAUUUGCAAAACAAGGAUUCAGAGACGCCAAACUCACAACCGAGUACACCAACGGCAUCGAGACCUUCUUCACCAGUGGAAAGUGAGGAAAGUAGACGUAGUACACGAAAUCGAAAAUCUCGUGGGCCGAGGGAUAGGCACUCGCGUAAAGGUGGUCAUUCUAGUUCAGGUGCAUAUCAGCGCCGAGGUUACAAUCCGAAUGUGGAUUACCAUGACUCUGAAUAUCAUUAUGGAUCUGAUUUUGGUGAUGAAUCCAGUGAGAAGAGUGAAGUAGAAGAAGAUCCUCUGCAAAGCGAUAUAGAUUCUUCUGAGAGUAUGGAAGAACCUGAUCCAUCUAGCGAUAGUGAUUUUUCUCUCUCUAGUUAUAGUACGACCAGUGGUACACCCCGCAAAACACUUUUGAGUCAACAACGACCACCAAGUCCAGAGCCGUUGUGGCUGCAAAACAGAGAACUUCCUUCUCUUACUCCACCAAAAUCUUCAGAUGACUUAUUGGUUCCUAAGGAACUUGUUAUGCCAUCACUUUCCAUUUAUGAGGUAUUAAGACAUUUUCGUACAUUGGUGCGUCUUUCUUCGUUUAGAUUUGAAGACUUUUGUGCAGCUCUAAUGUGUGAGGAUCAAACUAAUUUAUUAGCUGAGAUUCAUAUCAUGCUAAUCAAAGCACUUCUACGAGAAGAAGAUUCGCAACAAACGCAUUUUGGUCCAUUAGAUCAGAAAGAUUCUGUUAAUGUGAGCUUGUAUUUUGUUGAUUCAAUGACUUGGCCAGAAGUUUUACGAUCUUAUGUUGAAAGUGAUAAAAGCUUUGAUCAAAAUGUUCUACAAAUUCUAACAACUUCUGAAUAUCCUUUUACAUCUACUGAAAACAGAAUCAAGGUCUUGCAAUUUUUAACAGAUCAAUUCCUGAUAACAAAUCCAGUUAGAGAAGAUUUAUUGCACGAAGGAAAUAUGCAUUAUGAUGACCAUUGUAGAGUAUGUCACCGUCUUGGGGACUUAUUAUGCUGUGAAACUUGUCCAGCUGUUUUUCAUUUAGAAUGUGUUGAACCUCCAUUAGUAGAUGUUCCUACAGAAGAUUGGCAAUGCAGUACUUGUAAAGCUCACAAAGUUACAGGAGUUGCUGAUUGCAUUCCUGAUGUUGAAAAAAAUGGUUCUUUAUGUAGGCAAGAACAUUUAGGUUUUGAUAGACAUGGUAGAAAAUAUUGGUUUCUUGCAAGAAGAGUUUUUGUAGAAAGUGAAAAUGGAGAAGUUUGGUAUUAUAGUACACCAUUACAGUUAGAAGAAUUAAUGCAUUGUUUAGAUCGUAAUGAAAUGGAAGUUGCACUUUAUCGUGAAUUAUCAGAUUAUAAAGAUGAAAUUGUACGUCAAAUGGAACUUACAGAAUCAAUUACUAAUCAAUUCAAGGGUAACAAGAAAUCGUACUUAGAAAUAGAAAAUAGCCUCAUACAAAAAAUUCAAAAAGAACGUCAAGAAAAGCAGGAAAAAGAAGAAGAAGAAAAGAAAGAAAAACAAAGGCAAGAAGCUGAAGAAAUGGUACGCAGGAUACACGAAGGUUCUGAUUCUUUAGAAGAACGCUUAACAGCAACAACAGAACAAGAUAAUAAGGGGGCAGUAGAAGAGCAAAUGACAACACAAGUACCAGAGAUGAUAGCUGAAAACAUUGAAGUGGAUGGGGCUACUAAUGUAUCUACAACUUUAAAUACUGAUGUGGCAAACAAUACUGUUAAACCUAAUACUACAUCAUCAUCUGAGGAGAUGGAAGAAGAAACAGCGGAAGGAGAAGAAAAUGUUUCAAAAAUAGGCAAAGAUGGUAAGAAACAUACUAUAGUAACAAGAUCAAAAACAGGUUCUUUGCAACCUCGCACUUUUAAUAUGGAUGAUUUAAAACGACGAAGUACCUCUUCGAUGUCAAGAGAAGAACUUGAAAAGUUAGAUAAGAGUUUGAAAGAAGAAGGAGAAAGUACUAGAUUGACAAGACAAAAAGCACAUCAGAUUGCUUCUGGCACACAUCUCUUUAAAUUGGGAAUGGACAACAAUUUUAAAUCAUAUGUUAAUCAGUAUAGCACUAAUCCUAUUGCUUUGAAUAAAAUUCAACGAAAUGAAGAACGUGAUAAGAAACGCCACUUAUCACAUAAAUUUUCUCUUACACAAGCAUCAGAAUUCAAAUGGGUUGGAAGCUUAACAGGAACUCGUGCUCUUUUAGUUAGUACUCUUCGGCAAACUAUUCUUCAACUUGAAAGCAGUAUACAAGCUCCAUUUAUGCAUACAAAUUGGCCACUUUUACGCAAACCAUGGACUACUGCAGUAGGUGCAUGUAUAAAUCCAAGAGAUUUUGCACGAGCACUCAUCGUAUUACAAGCAUGUAUAAAAGCAGUUGUAUUUGCUAGUGUUUGGCAUGACCAACUUGGACAUGUAAAAUUACAAAGAGUGACUGCACUUGAGCGAGAAGAGAAAAAACGUCAAGAUAAAAAAGAAAAGAAAGAAAAAGAGGAUGAAGAAGAGCGUAAUAGAUUAUUUAAUUUUGUUAAAUAUACGUUAGGUUUAAAACAUCAAGUAUGGAAACAAAAAGGUGAGGAAUAUAGAGUUCAUGGACAAGGAGGUUGGUUAUGGGUGUCAGCAAGUCGACGAUAUAGAUUUAGUAAUAUGAGAAAAUUAGGUUUAAGAACUGGGCCACAAAAAAUUAUGGUGCAAAUUAGAGAUCAAGGUGGAAUAAAAAUAUUAGCUUUGGAUCCUCCUACUUAUGAAUUUUUAAUUAAAGAAUAUUGUUCAAGUCCGGAUAGAAAAAAUGAUAUACAUAAAACAACUAUAAAAAAAGAAAUGGAUGAUUUAUCAAUGGAGGAAUUGUCUAUUGAUAAUAGUACAAAAAAAAUUAAGCAAGAAUGUAAGAUGGAAAAUGUUAAAUCUGAAGAAAAUGCAGAAAUUAAACAAGAAGUGGAUAAAAAUGGGCCAGUAUCAGUUCCUAAAACAGAACAAACAGCAAUCAAACAAGAAAUUAAAAUGAAUCUAUCCUCUGGCAUGAAAAUUGAGAAAGUUUUUACACCAAUUAAAGAAUUUGAAGAAAUUGACAUAACAAAAGCAUUAACUACACCUGGGAGACUUCAUUACCCAAAAAUUGGGAAGAAAACUAGAAUUGAUGAUUUUCUUGCACGUCGAACACAUUUAAAAUUAUUAGAAGAGAGAAGAUUGUUGCAAUCUGAGAAAACAAAGGAACUUACAGGGCAAACAGGUGGUCAUAAAAUAGUAGAUGGUGACACUGAUAUUGAUAUAGAAAACAAUGAUGAAAGUGAUACUGAUGGUGGGGAUGGUUCUUUACAAUCCAUAUUGUCCGGUAAACAACAACCUAAUAAAGCAAUAUCAUCAGCAGCAAAAGAAAUGUUAAAUGCAAUAGGAAAACGCAUUCAACAAGUUAGAGGACAAUAUGCAAAUAUUAUGAAACUUGGAAAGAAUGGAAGUUGCUAUUCACAAUAUUGCAAUAUGACAACUAUGCCAGGAAAAAUUGCAAUUACAGCACAAAGUUUAACAUCUACAUGUUAUUCUCCAAUAUGUCUUCAGAAAGCAAGAUUGAAACGUGACCUUAUAGCAUUACUACGAAAGGCAAAUGCCUUGAACAAUAAUCAAGUACCAUCUCACUCGUCACAAAACAAGACUGAUGGAAAUGAUGAGGCUAAAGAUGCAAUUAGAAGAGAUUUAGAAUCUGCUGUUGCUUCAGCAACUCACUGUACCGAAGAAUUUCAAACAAUAAAUGUAACUAUAAAUAAAUCAUCAAACUUCAAAGAUGGAUCAGCACACAGUGCUAAAAAAACAAAAUUGGAACAUAAAGGAUCAGAAAAUGAUUCUAAUUUGAAUAAAAGUGAAACUAUAGUUACAACAAAAAGUAAUAUUGUAACAACAGCUACAAUAACUACUACUCAACAAACCAUUAAAACAGUUGAUGGUAUUGUACAAAGUAUGCAGGAAAGCAUUACUUCUCAUAAUUCAACUACAUUUUUAUCAGAAACUAAAACUAGUAAUGUAAAUAAUAUAGGAUCAAAAACAACGAUUAUUAACAAGAGAGGAAGAACAGUACAACGAAGUACAGUAGCUAAGGAAUUAAAUGCUGAUGGAACUGAAAGAAUAUAUACUGCCAGCUCAACGGAAGGAAAAGUUUAUUUAAAAAAAGUUGCAAUUUCUUUAGCUGAUAGAAGGAAAAAACGAACACCAGUAAAAUAUCCUUUAUGUUCGACAUUUUGUACAAAAAAUAAACGUCGUAGUAUUUUACUUCUUCCACAACAUGAAUUACGAAAAUUAGCCAGAGUUGGUGGACGAAUACCAGUUCAAGGUUUUCAUCAUAUGGCUAAGGCAAACCUAUCAGUUUGGCCAUAUCCUUGUCCUAGACCAUUAUUUAAGACAUGUUGGUUAUAUCGAACAGUUGGCUUAAAAUCUUUAGCUGCAGCAGCUCUUCAAUUAAGAAUAUUAUGGGCAUGUUUGCGUUGGGAUGAUAUGGCAGCAAAACCAUUAUCUACAGACGGAAAACAUCAAAUUACAACAGAUACAGAGAUUAUGUCAUUAGAAAUCUUAAAACAUCGCCAUGUUGGCCAAUUUUUAGAUAGAACACAAUAUUUGCGUCGGAAAGUUGUUAUACCCUUAGAACUUCCAAAACAAAUCAGAGAAGUAACAUCUAUAAGAAGUGGAUUAAGGAAGAGGAAACGACCAGAAUCACCGCAAAGCACUGAGCCACAAGUUACAGAAGAAUGGGUUGAUGAAGAUAAAUUGGAACUAUGGGAAAUCAAGCAAUAUGGUGAUAGGUUAGAGAAGGCUAAUGCCCAGAUUAUUACUAGGAGUCGUUCGGGUGUACCACAAUCUGUUGUUGUUGGUCCAAACAGAAAUGCUGGAUCAAAUUCUGGUAUUGAUCAACUUGUUAGUGGUAAAGCAACUCCUGAAGAAAUUAAAGAAAAAAUGGAACAACAAUUACGUAUGCAAAGGGCUGCACAUCAACAGAAAAGAGCUUUAGAAACUCUUAAAAGUCCAGCUAAUUCCUCUUCUUCAAACACACAACUUGUUAAAGUUACAGCAAAUUCUGCCCAUGAUGGUUCAGUUAAAUUAGUUUCCAAAGUAGCAAUACCAGCUAGUCCGAAUAGUGGAAGUAAGUCACAAUUAACUUCACUUCUAACAACACCUACACAAAAUAAAACAUUUAUUGGAACAAGACGUAUUUAUAUGGCAAAAUCAGCCGAUGGAACAACAAAAGUCGUUUCCGGGCCUACAAGUAUUUUACCAAAGACGUCUCAAACCCAAUCAGGAAAUCAACAGCAAUCUUUAAUUAAAGUUUCAGGUCAAACUGGGACACCUACAGGCACCGUACAGCACAUACAACAAAGGGUACAAAUUUUAAGAGGACCUGAUGGUAAAUUACAAGUUCGUGGAUUAAUGCCUGGUCAACAAUUAGUACAGAUGCCAGAUGGAAAAUUGCAUGUAUUGAAUACAGCACAAGCUAUUACUACCAGUAUUACACCUACUACUGGUACUACUUCAAAUGCACCAACUACACAGACUAAAACGGUAAUAGCUAGCACAGCUAAAGUCUCCACAUCAAAUAGUAGUACAUCUAAUAAAAAUAGUCCAGCUAAAAUUGUAACUACCUUGUCACAAGUAUCAACGCCACAACAACCACAAACACAAUCGCAACAAGUACAAAAAAUUGGAAAAUCUUCCACUGUAACAAUAGCAAAUGUUACUUCUACACAACCUGCAAAAAGUGCAAUAGUUGUUGCUAAUACUGGUCAAAUUGUACAGGGAGCGCAGGUAAUAUCUUCGGGUAGUCAAGUUUUAAGUGGAAAUCAGAUAGUUGUUACUAAUGCUAAUUUGGCUCAACAACUUGCAUCCGGAAAAGCACAAUUAACAACAAUAGGUGGGCAUCAAGUUGUAAUUCGUAGUACGCCAACAGGAAAUCAAAUUGUACAUUUAAAUUCAUCAAAUAGUAGCAUUAUAGUAAAAAAUGCUGUUUCAUCUAAUAAACAAGUUCCAGUAUUGCAAACCACUCAAGUAAUAACAUCAACAAUAGCGCAAACACCUGAAACAACAAGUGUAAAUAUUACUUCUAAUUCAUUAAGUAGUACUUCAUGUACUACGUCUACUACAAAUCAAACUACUACCGUUCCACCACCUGGAAGCAUAGAAGCUUCUUUGUUAGCGGGUCAACCACCAGGUACAGUCAUAAAAUGUGUCACAGCUCAAGUAAUACAAACAACACAAGGACCGCGAAUAGUUUUACAAGGAUUGCAAGGAGCAGAUUUUACGCCGCAACAACUUGCAAUGGUGCAACAACAAGUAAAACAACAAUUACUAAAAGCUCAAGCAACUACAGGAAAGCAAGGAGUCUUGGGUCCUACAAAAAUUUAUUUAGCUGUUCAACCUGCACCAGGAAGUAAUCAACAAGCACAGACAUCUCAAACUUCUACAACAGCAAGUACCCCUACUGUUCCUACAUCAAAACAACAAGUACAACAUCCAACUGAUUCUCCACCACCAGCAACAGAACCUCAAACUGGUAUAGAAUCUAUACCAGAACUUCCACAAGCAUCAGUACCAAGUUCUCCUGAAAAGCCAAAAGUGGUUGUACAACAAGUAGGUCGUGCGAAUAAUAUUGUAACAGAAGAAUCUCAAAAAAUAAACGUGGUUAAUGGUCAGCAAUCAUCACAAUCUGUGAAAGAUGACUCUUCAACUAAUAAAUUUAUUCUUACACCAGAUUAUAUACAACAAACAAUAAAAAAUGCAUUGAAACAAGAAAAUCUUAAUCCAGAAAUAGAAGAAAAGUUAUUACAACUACAACGAUACCAAGAAAAACAAAUGAAGGGAGGAAUAGAGAGUUCGGUAACUAGCAAUCAAAUUCACAGUACACCUAUUAUAACAACUCCGCGUGCCCCAUCUCGUAAGAGACCUGCGCCCUCCAACAUUCCACCAGUAACUACAACUUCAAAUAUACAGUUAACAACAAAUGAAAAAGAUAUUGAUUGGGCAGAAACUCCCAAAAAGAAAUCAACACCAAAACAAGAAAAUCGUGAAAUUCCAAAAAUACAGAAAUUAAAUGAACAAUCAGAAAAUGAAUCUAUAUCUAAAAAUCGAAUUGUAAAAUUAAAAGACAACCAAGAACAAAGAAGGAAACAACAGGUUCAUUCAAGAAUGCAAGUUUUAUUGUUUCGACAUAAAGAACUUUUGAAAAAAGAUAUACUUAAAAAAAGAGCUUUACUUGAAAAAGAAUUACAAAUAGAUAUUCAGAAGGAUCUAUCAAUAGAAUUAGCAACAAGAACAAAGGCAGAAAGACAUAAACAGGAUGAAGUUAAAGUAGGAAGUGCAAAACGUAAAGCAAAUGCUCAAAUAGCACAAGUAAGUCCACCUAAUCGAGGUGGAAGACCAAAAAAACAUAAGGCACAAGCAAAUAGCAACACAUCACCUAGUGCGUCAUCUACUGCAACUCCAAGUCGAAUUAAAAAAGAAAAGUUAUAUUGUCUAUGUAGGACACCUUAUGAUGAAACAAAGUUCUAUGUGGGAUGUGACUUGUGUAAUAAUUGGUUCCAUGGAGACUGUGUAGGUAUUACUGAAGAAAUGAGCAAGUCUCUUUCAGAGUUUGUUUGUACAGAAUGUAGACAUGCACGAGAUACACAGGAACUAUACUGCUUAUGUAAGCAACCUUAUGAUGAAUCUCAGUUUUACAUUUGCUGCGAUAAAUGUCAAGACUGGUUCCAUGGAAGAUGCGUUGGUAUUCUUCAAUCAGAAGCAGAUAAUAUUGAUGAAUAUGUAUGUCCAAAUUGUCAACGUAAUUCAUCUGUUAAUUUUGCAAACAUGAAAAAUCUCAAUGCCAAGGAUUUGGAUUUACUGAAAAAACUAAUUAAACAAAUACAGGCACAUAAAAGCGCAUGGCCUUUUAUGGAACCAGUAGAUCCAAAUGAAGCUCCAGAUUAUUAUAAAGUUAUAAAGGAACCCAUGGAUCUACAAACAAUAGAGUUAAGAAUAAAUGAUAGAUCCUACAAGAAGUUAAGUGAAUUUAUUGGAGAUAUGACCAAAAUAUUUGACAAUUGUCGAUACUACAAUCCAAAAGAGUCACCAUUUUUCAAGUGUGCAGAGUCAUUAGAAACAUAUUUUGUUCAUAAAAUUAAAAGCUUAAGGGAAAAGUUUUCAGAGGGAAAAUAAGCAAUCAAAACUGUAACUAUAAACGAGUGGAAGUGCAAAAUUGGCAGUUAAAUAGUGCAGUGUAACAAAAAUGAUCUGUGCCAGUACAUGUAGAGAUUGAAACUCAAAGUAGAGAUAAGUAUAUAAAAGUAGGAUAUAUUUAUUAGACCUGUGUGAAUUUUUAUUUCCUUUAACAAAUGAACUUCUGUCAAACUUAUUCUGUGCAAUGGAUUUUGGACUAGAAUUUAUAAUUUCCUAUUUCUUGUAACUAUUCCAGACUGGUGAUAAAUUACCAGUGGUGUAUAUAUAUAUAUAUAUAUAUAUAUAUAUAUAUAUAUAUAUAUAUAUAUAUAUAUAUAUACACACACAUACAUACACAUAUAUAUAAUGAACUGCCUUGUUCACAAAAAAAUAUAAAGUAACUAUAAUUAUGAUGUAACAUAGCUACUGUUGAAAUGGUCUAAAUAAUAUAUAUGGAAUGAAUCUAUUUGAUUGACAUUGAUCAAUAGGAUCAUUUCUAAAUAUUUAUAGUAUCUAAAAUAUGACAAAACUAAUUCAUUCAAUAAUUAUACAUAACAAAAAUAUCUUAUUCUUCAUCUAUCUGUUUUGCAAGAUUUUAUAUAAUAAAAUUAGACAUAUAAAAGUUUAUUAGAAAAUAAUAAAGUGGAAAUAAAUUGAUUUAUAAAAAUGAAUUUGAAAUGUAGAACAUGUUAGGUAAAUGUUUAUUGACAUAUUUGAUGGUUUACAAUAUUUUAAUGCUUAUAUUUUCUUCUAUAAUUAUAAGUUGUGGUUCAAAAUUCAUAUGGUACAGGUGAUAUCAUUAUCUAUAAACAUAUACAUGUACUAAAUGCAUGUAUAAAUAACUAUGCAUGCUACAAUUGCAGAUAUAUAAAGUCGGUGCCACUUCAUAUUUAAGAUUAUGAUCAACAACAACUUUAUAGUAAACUAAUACAUGUUUUUUCAAACGAAGAGAAUUUAGUGAUGAAAGACCAUUUGACAGUUUUUAUUAACAUGAUAAUGAUCUGAUUACUAUUUCGUCAUAUAGCUCACUCAUAAAAGCGUUCUGUGUCGUAUAGCUGUAAAAUUCUUUAGAACGCGCAUAAUAAAUUGUACAAAUUUGUUUAUUGUGCUCACAAGUAAUUAUUAUUAUAUUGUUUUAAUCACUUAAAUUUUCUAUGAAAUUGUUUAUAAGCUAAACAUAUGAUGUUAAGUUAUAAGGAGUAAGCAGAUAUCUGCUUUGUACAUACGUGAGUAGAAAUGUUUAUGAAAAACAAAUGAGCUUUGGUUUGGUAUAAUACAAUACCGAAAUCAGUCUAAACACAAAAAGCUGUUUUCGAUACAAAUAUUGUUUAUAUUAUAACUAUUAAAAUAUCAUUGAAAGAUUGCUAAUUAUCUGCAAAUGAAUCAUAUUUGGUUUCAUAUUUCGAAAGAAGGGAUUUGUCAAAAAGUAGUAUUUGGCAAUAAGAAUGUUUCAUGGGCGUGGUAUGAAUAAAAAAUAUAAAUAUAUACAUAAACAUACAAAUAUAUUAAAUAAAUUAAGGAAGUUAUGAAACUUUUGAAGUAUGACUGUAAACAACAAGAAUGAAAGUAAAUAUUGAAUGUUCAACUGGAAUCUGUGAAGAAAAGAAUUUCUGUAAGUUUAUAGUUUUAAAAUAUUCUUUGGUUAAAAAAUGUCUCAACAUACUUUUAAUUCUGAGAGUAAAAUUUAAAAAUAUAUUCAUACAUGUACCUUUAUAAUAUUUCCUAAAAUCAAUGAGAUUACAAAUCUCCGGCAUGCCUUGUCGAUUCUUGGUUGUUUAUUUAACAUGAAAACAGAUUACUCAAAACAGGUUGUACAUUUUUGCCAGGAUAAAGCUUGUACAGUAUUUUUAAUUCAAAAUCACAAGACCUGGCACUGAUCUGUUUUUUACCUUCGACUUUCGAUUAUAGUUACAGAAUGUAUAGAUUAGGUUUCAGUCUCCAGGUUUAUACACUACAGUAGCUGUACUGGUUCAUCUUAAUCAAUAAAUAAUAUGCAUUUCAUUAAUCAGGAA